AUGGAACCACUUACUAGAAUGAACUACAAAAAUUGGAAGCAGGACUUGGAGAUUGUGUUGGGAGUCAUGGAUAUGGAUGUUGCAUUGAGACCAGAUGAGCUUUCCAUGCCAGCUAAAAGAUUCAUAAGUGAUGUUGUGCAUGAUGGAUUUCUAGAGGCCACGAAUGCUAAGGAGUUCUUGAAAUUAAUUGAAGAAAAGUACAAAGAAUUUGACGAAACCGAGAUAGACAACCUGAUGAAUUCACUCACAACUAUGAGGUAUGAUGGCAUUGAAAGUGUACGUGAGUAUAUUCUGAAUUUGAUUGAUAUUGCUGGGAAGUUGAUGGUUUUGGAGGUACCUAUAUCUAAAACCUUUUCAGUGCUUGUUGAUGUUGCCAAAAUAUGCAAAGCCAAAAAUGCUCCUUCUCCCCCUAAGAGGACCUUCAAACCUAAUAACCUAUCGGUUUUCAAAUGCUCUUUUUGUAAGAAGUUUGGUCACAUGAAGAUAAGUGCCCUAAGUAUAAGGCGUGGCUAUCAAAACAAGGAGCCAAGAAAGUCCAACGCUGGAGAAGCACAUUGGAAUGCAAGGAAGAAGGUUUUAAGAUAUUUACAAAAGACAAAGUCACAUAUGUUAGUUUACAGGAAGACUAAUCAUUUGGUUCUUGAAGGGUAUAGUGAUUUAGAUUUUGUAGGGUGUCCAGAUGACCUGAAAUCAACAUCUGGAUAUGUUUUUAUGAUAGCUGUGGGAGUUGUUUCAUGGAGGAGUGUCAAGCAUAACACAGUGGCAUCCUCCACGAUGGUGGCUAAAUACCUUUCUUGUUGUGAAGCUAUAAAUCAAGCAGUUUGGUUAAAGAAUUUCAUCACUGGCCUUCGUGUAGUGGACUUAAUUUCAAGACCUGUGCAGCUUUAUUGUGAAAACAACGCUGCAAUCUUUUUCACAAAGAAUAACAAAAGGUCCAAUGCAACAAGAAACUUGGAUAUCAAAUUUCUGGUUGCUUGUGAAAAGGUGAUGGAAGGUUUGGUGAAAAUUGAUUAUUUGGAGACAAGUUUGAUGAUUGCAGACUCAUUGAAUGAGGUUUUACCUGCUAUGAUGUUCAAGAAACAUGUGAAGAAGAUGGGAGUAUUGGUUGAUUUUGAUAUCGAAGAAUAG